AUGUUGGCUGUUUGCUUAAGAUGGACCAGUACACAAUCGCUACAGCCUUCGUCUACUGGCAACGUCGAAGAGAACUUCAAGAGUUUGCAGAAGAUAACGGAGAUGUCAUUUUAUGUCCGCAACAAGAAGGAUCCGAAGGCCUUGGAGUCAAUUAAGAGCACCCCCAAGCUCUUAUUGGUGGAGAUGGACAGGGUGGUCAAAGCGGAAGAAGCCCUUCUAGUCACCAUGAACUUCGAUUUUUUCGUCAGUCAUCCGUACAAGCCGAUCUGCUCUGUGGUGAAGGAGUUUGGUUUCACAAACCGGCAAUCUGAAAGGGACCGGACUUUCUUUCAGAUCGCGUGGAACUUCGCCAAUGACAGUUUGCGGACGACGCUCUGCCUUCAGCCGUUUCGGCCGAUGGACAUUGCAGCAGCUUGCGUCAAUCUUUCAGCGACUGCCUUGAGUGUCCAGCUUCCGAAAGCUGCUGAAGGAGGACACUGGUGGACUAAGUACGGCGUCUCUCCAGAGACUCUUCAAGGUCAGUAG